GUGGCCACUCCUUUUUCUCCUCCCUCUCCUCCUCCUCCUCCUCCUCCUCGGCGUCUUCUUCUUCCUCCUCCUCCUCCUCUCCCCCUCCAAACCCUAACCCUACAAGAGCACCGCAGGCACCGCUCGAACUCUCCCACGUAGAUCCCUGCUCGAUCCAUUCUGGGGUUCCGCUCCGCGAUCUCGCUUUCCGAUUCUCGUCCGCGCCGAUCGAUCCCUCAGAUCGAUUUGUGCUUCUGGGGCACUGCGAGGGAGUGGAUAUUUGGGGGAUCGGAGGUUGUGGAAGGGUUUGAGGGAGAUCAAAUGCCCGAGGAGGAUCUGGUGGAGCUCAAAUUCCGGCUGUAUGAUGGGUCGGACAUUGGGCCGUUUCGGUAUUCGUCUUCCUCGACCGUUGGUAUGCUUAAAGAGAGGAUCAUCUCCGAGUGGCCGAAAGGUGGGAGUUUUGAUUCAUCGCAGUGCUUAGAUCUUCGACUCAAUAAGAAGAUCAUCCCAAAGGUGGCUAACGAUGUGAAACUGAUAAAUGCGGGAAAAAUUUUAGAGAACAACAAAACUAUUGCACAGUGUAAGCCGACAUUUGGUGAGCUUCCUGCUGGUGUUAUCACCAUGCAUGUUGUUGUGCAGCCGUCAGUGACUAAGACCAAAUCAGAAAAGAAGAUAGAUGAGUUGCCUAAGAAAACGCCCUGUUCUUGCUCAAUAUUGUGAAUCCCGCAGCCUCAUGUCAUUGCUUGCCAUCAAAGCAUAUUACCCUCUUCGCAACUGGUUAUGCGAGGAAUGGAGAAAAGUUCACAAUUGCAUUUUGAUUAGCUCAUUUGUUCAAGGACGAAGGGCAUGUACCUGUUGUUGCUUGAGUUAGAGGUAUGCCUCUACAGUUUGUGCUUAGUCUCAUUGAGAUAGGAAGAGCUCCAAAUUAUAUGCUUGCAGGCUAUCUAUAUAGGUAUAUUUAUGUAAUACUUCUCUUAGUCUACUUUGUUCAGACGGGUUCAUACUUUUCUUUUUCUCUUAUAAUUUCAUAAUCUGUACGAUCUAGUAAUCUACAGUAAUUACAUGCUUUGAGGGGUGCGAGUGGAUUUCCCUCUUGUGUGUUGUUCUUUUGAUCAUUUAAUAUACUCAAAAUGUUGCCUCCA